AUGGUGGCGGACCUGUGCCUCGCUGUGCUGUUGCAGGGCCUCGCCCUGGAGGAUGCGGUGGGCGAGCACGCCGGGCGCCACCCGCUGCUGGGCAGCCCGGAGGACGCGAAGCGGCUCCACCGCGCAUUCACAACGGGUUGGAUCGAGAUGUGCGAGCACGUCGACGCCUCCCGCGGCGUCGCGCGGCCUGACCUCGUCCACUGCGCCCGGCUUGCCUCGCUCGGGGUGUUGGGCUGGGCUUCUAUGCUAGCAGCGAUGCCCCAGGCGUAUCGCGACGAACAUGGCCUGGGGUUCGAGCGGAUCGUGAGCAGCUCUCUGCUGAGGUCCUCCCGCUUGGCGGAGGAUGCCGCGAGGGACAUUGUCGAGCGCGGAUUCUUGCUGAAGGACGCCCCGAACAGGCAGCACGGCGCAGCGCGCUCCGCCCUCCACGGCCUCCUGGCAGCGGCCGCCGCCGGCUUCCGGCUGGAAGGGCCGCUGUCCGGCUUCCAGGCGGCCAUGUCCACGCUCAUGGGCGCGGCCUUCGAGGAGCAGGCAGAGGCCUCGGCGCACUUCUGGACCUCGGACUACGCUUCUCACAGGAGGUGUUUCUUCGUGCUGCACGGCUGGCUCGCCGCAUUCCCCAUGCACCUUCCCGAGCUCCUCGGCCUGCUCGCUGGGCUGGCUGGCCCAGUGCAUGCGCUGGACUUUGUGCAGGCUCCACUGGACACCGUCGUCCUGCCCUACAGCAUCAUCCAGAACUCGGCCGACCUCGCAGUCGAUUCUGAGCCCGGCGCCGCGACCCAGGUAACCCUGCGGGAGCCGGCGUACACGGAGGAGCUCGCCCUGAGGGCGUACGGCCUGCUGCUGCCAGAGUGGCACCUGCCGCGCUGCACGGUGCUGCACGCUGGCUCCCAGGGCGUGCUGCUGGGCGCUGGCGCGGACGGCCAGGUGGGCGCCUUGGCGCGCAAGGUGCAGUUCAGGCUCGAGGGGUCAGGCCUGCCCACUUGGCGUCUGGCUCUGGCCGCCUGGGACGCCGUGCUGGCAGGGCUGGGCUGCACGACCUGCGCGGCCCCAGGCGCAGCGCGGGCGCUGCCGCCCUCGGCCACGCAGCUGCUGCUCGCGGUCGUCCAGCUCUUCUGCCGGCUCCUCAGCGCCGGGCCGCAGGCGCUGGUGGCCCUCAGCGAGCACCUCCCUGCGGACGAGCAGCGCGCCGGAGACGGAGUCAUCGCCAGGCUCUUCGUGUCGUUCCUCGCCUGCGCCGGCCUUCCUGGCUCUGCAGGUCAGCGCGCCCUCCCCACAGUCCUGCGCGCCCUGGCGUCCUGCCUGGCCGCGCCAGACGCGGCGACGCAAUGCUCCGCGCUGAUGAGGUUGAUCGAGGGAGCCGCGCACCCGCGCUUCCGCGCUCGCGGCGCUGGCACGUUCGUGAGCGUCCUCACCUCGGCGGUGGACCGCGAGCGCGAGGCAGGCUGUUAUCCUACUACCCUGGCGGCGCUGGACCUCUUCGCCGCGCUGCUGCGGGCGCGCCCUGUGGAGCUGCUCGCGCUGCCCGGGGGAGGUGGCGGCGAGGCCUUCGGCCAGCUCUUGGACUUUACGUUCGGCCUCUGCUUCGCGCGCUGCGGCUUCUGGGCGUGCCGGACUCCAGCGGACAGAUGGGGGCUCUCGCUGGCCUGCAUCGGGGUGGCCUCCGCUCUAAUGCCGCUGAUGGAGUGCUUCAACUGGCCGCUCCCGCCCGAACUGGCCUCCGCGGACGGCGGCGGCGCCGAGGACGUGGCGGCCGCGACUCGAGGCGUGGGACAGCUCUGCGCCUCUGUCGGCCACCUCCGGGCGAUCCAGCUCCGCGUGCUGCGAAGCUGGAGCGAGGCGGCCUUCGUGCCAGCGUUGUUGCAGUGCCUGGCUUGCGACGUCGUCUUCGGCGCUGUGCCUGGCCAGUCUGGGCGCCGCUUCAUCGGCUUCUGGAGCUUGGCGCACGCGGACGGCUCCUGCACAAGCGACGGGGUCCCCGAGUUCGGAGACGUGGGGCCGCCGCCCGUGAGCGCCGUACAGCUGCUUGCGGGCGCGCUGCGCUGCCUUCACGAGCUGCUGUGCCUCGUGCUGCGCCCAGCUGGCCAGUCACCGCAAUGCGCGUCCCUGGCGCAGCACCUCCUGGCGGUGUCAACGAUGCGCGAGCCUGCGGACUUCUCGCCUGGACUGCUGGCUGCUCGGGACGGUUGCCCGCCCCGCCGUGCCGACCUGGUGCAGUCGCUCUACGCCCACGCCUGCGGGACCGCGCCCGCUGUUGCGCGGUGGGCUGCGGGCUCGCUGGCCGCGCUGUGUGCGCUGUGGCACCGCGCAGGUGCAGGCGCGCUGCCGCCCGCGGAGCACGGAACUGUCGCGGCUGCCCUCGGCGCUGCGGCGCCGCUCCGCAAAACGCAGCUGCUGGCCCUGCUCGCCGUGCCCUCCGCAGGCCCCUUCGGCGCGCCCGCGGAGGCCGGGGAGCUGGUCCCAGGCCCUGCGGCGCCAACUGGGGCUGGCGCCGGCGCUCCGCGCCCCUCUCCGCUGGCGUCCCGCCUGGCGCGCAGGCUGCUGGACGUCGUGGGCGACCCAUGCGAGGACACCGCGCUGCGCUGCGCAUUCGCGGGCCUCGCGCGCGCGGCGCUGGCUGCUCAGCCGGGCCUCUUCCUGGACGAGGCUGCCGAGCUGCUGCCCCAGGCCAUCGCCGCUUGCGCCCGCGGGGCGGCAGCAGCGCUCGCGGCGUGGGCUGACCUGGAGGUCGACGCGGAGCCUGGGCGCCUUCUCGUGGCGUUGCUGGCGCUGCUGGACGACCUCGCUGCCGCCGACGCAACAGCGUUCUGCAGGAGUUUCGCCCAGCCCGUCGAUGGCGGUCCCCGCAAGUACGGGACGGUGUGGGCGCUGUUGUCAGACCUGGUGCCGAGCGCCUUCGAGAAGUGGAUCCCAGAGGCCUCGGGUGGCUUGCUUGCGGGCGCAGGUGGCGGCGCCUGCCGCGCGGCUGAGCCUCUGAUUGCGCUGUCUGCGCUGCUGCGGCUCGCAGAGCGCGGAUGCCAGGCGAGCGCGAAGGUCCAGGCGGAGGCUCCCGAGGCUCACGCGGCGCUGAUGGAGUUGAUGGGUGCGCUGCUGGGCCCUGUGGGUAUCAAGCUUGUGCUCCCUCCUGCGCUGACGCUCGAGGAGGGGGUUGGCGCUGCCGGCCACGGCGCGGACCUCGCCGACGGUAGCAUCUUGGUCCAGCACCCGUUUGGCUCCAAGGCCGCACAGGCCGUGAACCUCGAGGGUGAAGCCAACACCGUGGACAGCUUCCUUGCACACCACCAGCUGCGCGCCGAGCUGCUCGGUCCAGCGGGCGCCAUGCCUGGCCAGUCGGGUGAACCUGGCCCUCGUGGACUGCUGGCACGGCGUCAAGGCCGGGACCAGUUGUGCGAAAUUGCUUGCGGGCCCAGCGCCGACCUUGCCGUGGGCCAUGUCGCGGCCCGCAGGCUGCUGAGGGCAACGCUGCCGCAGGAGAGGCUCGGCUGCUUCGGUGAAUUCGACGGCGUGACGGCGCUCCACUCUGGCUCACAGGUUCUGGACGAGUUCUGCGUGUCGGCUUCGCUGCUGCCAGCCCACCAGCCAUCUGUCAGAUUUGCGCUGGCCGCCGUGUGCGGCAGCGAGGCCCAGGUGGAGGAUGUGGUCGGGAACUGCGCCGCGCUGUCGGCACAAAAGGCGAUCGCCUCGGCGAGGGCGCUGGCGGUGGAGGCAUUCGACGACCUGGUCUGCACGGCCAUGCGCCAGGCCAUGGAUGGGAAGGACAGCGCCUGGGCCAGCCAGGCAAAGCCUCUUCUGGGCUCGCUCCUGAAAAGUCUGGUGCGCCUCUUGUAUGACCUUCUGCAGCAUCUGGAGCUGCUCGCUGACCACUCGGCCUUCUUCGCGCGCCUGCUGUCGCUGGUGGCGCGGACUCUGACCGCGCAGUCCUGGGCAUCGGCGCUCCUGGGCGCAUCGCCGCAGGCUACCAGCACCCUGGACCAGGAUUUUGGUCUGGCUGCGGGCAGCUCGCCCGUCCAGGAGGUGCCUUUUGUCCGGGAGAUGCUGGAGCGCCAGACACCCAUGGGUUUGGCACUCGUGCGCCGGCUCACCGCGGUGAUCCGCCGUUUCCUGGCGCACGCAACGUUUGAGACAGACAAAGUGCAGCAAGAUCAGACCGAGGUGGUCACAUCCACGCUGCCCCUCCUCUUGCUCUUGGUCCCAGCUCUGCAGCCUGCCACGAGGGAGGCAGAGGGCCCCACCGAGGCGGAGCCCGUCCUCCUGGAGUUGCUGGAGGCCCUGGUUGGGCUCGUCGACGAUUUUGGCGCCGGAGUUCGCACCGCCGCGCUCGACGCCGCGGCCGCUGUGCUGCCUGACAUGGCGGAGCCUGGCUUGCCGCCCGUCGCGCGCCCCGUGGGGCAGCCGAGGGGGCUCUCGAAACGCCGGCGGCUGACUGUUCUGCGGUCGCCCGAGGAAGCAGCAGCGCAGGCGACGGCGCGGGUGCAGAGCGCCGUGAUGGACCACGCGGAGGCGAGCGGCCUCGUCGCAGCUGCCUUGGCUGUGGUGGAGCGCACGGUGGUGGCGCUUGGGCGGCGCGGGGGCGGCCACUGCAGGCUCGGCGACCGCACGCUGGCCAUUCUUCAGCGCUGCGUGCUGCCGCAGCUGCUCGGCCGCUCUUCGCUGGUCGUGGCCCCGUUUCCAGAACACCUGCGACCACGAGGCCACAGCCAACGCCCCGCCACAGUGCUAGCGCCCUCGGAAACCACGGUGAGGCUCGCUGGCUGGGAGCAGACCUCCGAGGCCGCGUUGGCCUGCGAGCUCGGGGCCGCGUUGGACGGGCUGCUAGCGGUGGCGCGGUCAGCUGGGGGCGCCAUACUGCUGGCGGAGCACAAGGUAUUCGCCCUCCUGGCCUGCAGUCCGCUGCUGCACGUGGCGGCGAUGCCCGCCGAGGCCUCUGGCCGCUUCCCGAGCGCCUACUCAGGGCCCGUGGCUGGCGCGGCAGGCCGCGGCUUCGACGACCCGAUGGGCUCCGCCGCGCCGCAAGGCAUGGCUGGCGCACCAUGGCGGCGGCCGCUGCACACCUGCUGGUGCCAGGCCCUGCUGCUGGUGGCAGCCCUGCUCGCCUCGGCGCCCCAGCUCGGAACCGAAGCAGUGGUGUUCCUCGAGGCCUUCGCGCCCAGGCUGCGCUACAUAUUCUGCAGCGGCCUGCAGAGUGGGCACAUGGCGGUGCUCGAGGAGGCCUCUGUAGCCUGCCGCGUGCUGGCACUCAUGCGCCACCGCUGUGGCGUCGCGGAGUCCAUCCUGGCAGACGCCGCGACGCAGGCCUUCGUCUUCAUUGUCGGGGCUUGUCUCUCUGAGCGCUCGGUCCCCUCGGAGAUCUUCCUGCCGAUCUCCGAAGUCGAGCGCGUCGCUGCGAACAUCGCGCCCGGCAGCGAGACCUCGCCUGCAGUGGUGCCAUCCGUGUUCCACCAGCGCGUGGAGCGCAUCGCGCUCGAGCUGACGCGGAGCUUGCUGGCGGCACUGCUGUUCGCGUCGUCCUCGCCGACGUGGUUGAGCCACGCCGCCGCGGCAGGCGGCGGCGCCCUGGGAAGCUCCGCCAUGGCCUCAGUGCCUGGCGGCUCCUGGCCGAGCCCUGGGCUGGGCGCCCUCGGCGGCCUGCGUCCGCCAGCCAGGACCGCGCCAGGGCCGCGCGCGGUGAGCGACGCCACGGGCCAGCUGCUCUGGUUUACGGUCAUGGACGCCGUCCUGGAAGGCGCGCGCCGUGUGGUCGGGAUCGCGGAGGCCCUGCAGGGGCGCCGGCAGGCGAGCCUGCUGCUGGUCAGCGCGCCGGGCGCGGGCGGCGGCCCGCUGGUGCCCUUCUCGCUGGCGCUGGUGCCGCUGGAGCCCGAGGGCGCCCUGGCGGGACCCGAGGCUGGCUCUGCCGCGGACCCCACGGUCUCACCCGACCACCUGGCCAGGGGCCUCCAGAGGCAGGCGCCGCUGCAGAGCCCCUCGGGCGGGCCCCUUGGCAACCCGAGGGCCGCGGCGAGCCCCAGCAGCGCCGAGCCGGGCGGAGGGACCGCCACGACGGGCGCCGUGGAGCCGCAGCGAAGUGUGAGGCACCGGCGGAUGGCCCUGUACCCUGGGCGUUGCCUGGGGAGGCAGCUGGCCGAAGGCAUCGUGCCAGAGUGCACGUCUCUCGAGGACCUGCGCCAGCUGUGCUGGACCACCGUGGAGAUGUCCUGCACGCUCCUGUGCCACUUCUGCCAGGCCACGCAGGCCGGCGCACUGGCUGGGCGCGAGCGCUCGGCGGCGCCAGGCGCUGCGGUGCUCCACAGCCUGCUGAGCCUCCUCCACGAGCUCUGCCCCAAGUCGGGCCCCAGGCCGUUUGGCAUCAGCCCCGCGACCGCGGAGUAUCUGGAGGCCCUCGGCGCUUCGUCGCUGCGCUGCGAGCUCGGGCGCGGCGCAGCCGAGGGCGACGCGCCGCCUGCUGCGGCGCCGUCCCUGGCCUCACUGCCGGGGGCGCUGGCGCCGCAGCGGGCGGGCCGGGAGGAGGAAGAGGAUAUCUGGACCGGCCGCAGCGAGCGGGCGGCCUGGUCCGCCCUCUUCCUCUCCUCCCCGCUGCCGGGGGCGGGCCUCUUGCCGAGGUGA